CUUCACCUGAGUGCUAACGCUAAUGCUAACGCUAACAUCCUCCUCACUACCCCGCUACUGUACAGUGGUACAGUCCACACACACACACACACACACACACACCCUCACAGGUACACACACACACUCACACACACAUACUCACACACACACACUCACACACACACCCUCACAGGUACACACACAGAUAUAUACACACACACUCACACAGGUACACACACAGGUAUACACACACACACACACAGGUAUACACACACACACACACACACACACUCACACACACCCUCACAGGUAUACACACACUCACACACACACACCCUCACAGGUACACACACAGAUAUAUACACACACACUCACACAGGUACACACACAGGUAUACACACACACACACACUCACACACACCCUCGCAGGUAUACACACACACAUACACCCUCACAGGUAUACACACACACACACAUCCUCACAGGUAUACACACACACACACACUCACAGGUAUACACACACUCACACACACUCACAGGUAUACACACACUCACACACACACUCACAGGUAUACACACACACACACAUCCUCACAGGUAUAUACACACACACACACACACACACCCUCACAGGUAUACACACACACACACACACACACCCUCACAGGUACACACACAGAUAUAUACACACACACACACACAGGUACACACACAGAUAUAUACACACACACACACACACAGGUAUACACACAGGUAUACACACACACACACACACACACACAGGUAUACACACACACACACACACACUCACACCCUCACAGGUAUACACACACACACACACACACACACAGGUAUACACACACACAAACACACACACACACACAUCCUCACAGGUAUACACACACACACACACACACACACACAUCCUCACAGGUAUACACACACACACACACACACAUCCUCACAGGUAUACACACACACACACACACACACACAUCCUCACAGGUACACACACACACACACACACACACUCACAGGUAUACACACACACACACACACCCUCACAGGUAUACACACACAUCUUCACAGGUAUACACACACACACACACUCACAGGUAUACACACACACACACACAUCUUCACAGGUAUACACACACACACACACACACACUCACAGGUAUACACACACACACACACACACACAUCUUCACAGGUAUACACACACACACACACUCACAGGUAUACACACACACACAGACACAUCCUCACAGGUAUACACACAAACACACGCACCCUCAUAGGUAUACACACACACACAUCCUCACAAGUAUACACACACACACACACACAUCCUCACAAGUAUACACACACACACACACACAACCUCACAGGUAUACACACACACACACACACACACACACCCUCACAGGUAUACACACACACACACAUCCUCACAGGUAGAUACACACACACACUCAAAGGUAUACACACACACACACACAUCCUCACAGGUAUACACACACACACAUCCUCACAGGUAUACACACACACACACACUCACAGGUAUACACACACACACACCCUCACAGGUAUACACACACACACACACUCACAGGUAUACACACACACACAUCCUCACAGGUAUACACACACACUCACAGGUAUACACACACACACACACAUCCUCACAGGUAUACACACACACACACUCACAGGUAUACACACAAACACACACACCCUCACAGGUAUACACACACACACAUCCUCACAGGUACACACACACACACACACAUCCUCACAGGUACACACACACACACACACACACAUCCUCACAGGUAUACACACACACCCUCACAGGUAUACACACACACACAUCCUCACAGGUAUACACACACACACACACACACACACACACAUCCUCACAGGUAUACACACACACACAUCCUCACAGGUAUACACACACACACACACUCACAGGUAUACACACACACACACACUCACAGGUAUACACACACAUACACACACACUCACAGGUAUACACACACACACACACACACAUCCUCACAGGUAUACACACACACACACUCACAGGUAUACACACACAUACACACACACUCACAGGUAUACACACACAUACACACACAUCCUCACAGGUAUACACACACACACACUCACAGGUAUACACACACACAUACACACACACACACCCCUCCAUCAGUCCACUGGAGCUCUGUAACACCUUUAUUAUAUUUUUGUUUAUUAUUUAUUUAUACUGUUGUUUAUAGAUUUCUAUAACAUGAUGUUUAGAUGUUUUUAUGAUACAUAUUUAUUUGUUUUUAUGUUAUUUAUUUUAUAGUUGAUUAGCUAGUUUGUAGUUUGUUAGUUAUAGUUUGAGUUUGAUUUGAUUUUAUAUAUAUCAUGAAUAUGUUAUUGUAUAUAUUAUUAUUAUUAUUAUUAUUAUUAUUAUUAUUAUUAUUUGUUGUUGUUAUCGUUGUUAUUGUUGUUAUUGUUGUUGUUGUUGUUG